AGGAGCUUUCUGUGAUGAAGCAGGUCCUGAUUAGCAUGCGUGGUCCUCCAUCUGCUACUCUUCCUGAACUCGAGGCUGAUGGGACCGCAGUUCACAGACCCAAAACAUUCAAAAGCACAGAUGAAGAGCAAUACAAUUAUGGCCCCAAACCCACGGUUUUUACUAAAAAAGAAGUUCCAGAAUGGUAUAGAAAAGUCAAGCGGAAAACCAAGUAGAGACUUGUUGAACUUGUUUAGGAUGCUCCAUGUCAUGCAAUCACAAAUGAAAGUCUGUUGAAGAUCCAUUACAUAACGAGUUACACAGGUUUGAUGUGUGGCCAUGAAGAAUGUGAACCUCAAACUAUGAAUUUCCUUUUAAUGGUAAUAAAUCAUUUUAUCUAGU